AUGGAGACGCUGAUUGGCGGUUCGGAGCUUUGGAAUCUGGUGGGCGGCUGGCAGGUCGUCGUCACCGAUGGGCACGCGCAGCUGCCCGAAGGCAUGACGCGCCUGCCGGACCAGGCGUUCCACGGCCGCACCGCGCUCGUCUCAGUCGCCUGCCCGCACAGCCUCGUCUCCAUUGGCCGCUGGGCCUUCCUCGAUUGUAGCUCCCUGACCGCCAUCAGCUUCCCCGCCGGCCUCACGUCUCUUGGCUACGCCGCCUUUCACGGCUGUUCCUCGCUCUCCUCUGCCGACCUCCCCGCCGGACUCGCCUCCAUCAGCGACUUCGCCUUCCACAGCUGCGCCUCCCUCACCCGCGUCGGCCUCCCCACCGGCAUCACCUCCAUUGGCGACGGCGCCUUCCACAGCUGCUCCUCCCUCGCUUCCCUCACCCUGCCCGCCGGCCUCACCUCUGCCGGUGGGCGAGCCUUCUUUGCCUGCUCGUCCCUCGCCUCCAUCGCCUUCCCCGACAGCCUCGUGUCCAUUGGGAGCUACGCCUUCUCUGAUUGCUACUCACUCGCCUCCGUCGACCUCCCGGACAGCCUCGCGACCAUCGGCCAGGGCGCCUUCCACAGCUGCUCCUCCCUGACCUCCCUCGGCCUCCCGACCGGCCGCACCUCAAUCGGAGAAGACGCCUUCCGCGGCUGCUCCUCCCUCGCCUCCGUCACCCUCCCCGCUGGCCUCCUCACCGACGGUUUUAGCACCUCGAUCGGCCGCAACGCCUUCGCCGGCUGCUCCUGCCUCAACGACGUCUCCUUCUCUGCCGGCGGCCGCACCUCAAUCGAUGGGGGCGCCUUCUACGGCUGCUCCCUCACUCGCGUCACCGUGCCAACCACUGCCAAGGUCGGCGGCGACGCCUUCCCCUCCACCACCACCGUCCUCCGCCUCCCUCCCGCAAAGAUGCGCUGGUACGCGGCGGUGGGUGCGGCUCUCGCCUACAAGCGCUGCCGCUCCGGCCUUCUCCUCUGGCUGGAGCGGGCCAACAUCAGGCUCGGCUCUUACGGCCCGGAAGGCGCGGCGCGCAAGCGCGACCGCGAAGAGUUCGAAUGCGAUUUUGCGCCCAGCCAAGAGCAAGACGGCUCCUGCUCUGGCGUCCAGGACCUGAGCCGUGAGGGUAACUAG